CAAAACCGAAAUUUGUAAAAGGAAUGGAAGACAAAGAAGUGUGGACUGGUGAAGAGAGCUACUUUGAAGUGAAGGUUCUAGGCCAUCCUGAACCAACUGUUAAGUGGCUAAAAGAAGGAGAAGAACUUAAGGCAUCAGAUUAUAUUACGUUAACAUCUGAACAUGAAACCUACAAGAUAAACAUCCAAAAUACUCGCUUGGAAGACAGUGGGGUGUAUUCCUGCCAUGUCAAGAAUAUGGCUGGAGAGUGUUGCCAAGAUGCCAUGUUAUCAGUCAAAAGUGCAGAUGAUUCUGAAGAACCCGUAUUCAUUCGCCGUAUGGUAGACACCUUUGCUGUUAUUGGUGAUGCAGCAAGAUUUGAAGUUAAAGUCACAGGCAAACCAAAGCCAGAGGUUUCGUGGUUUAAAGAUGGAGAACAGUUAUCAGCAGAUGAGAGAAUAAAGAUUUCUUCUGAUGUUGAGGAUAAUUACUAUAUCCUCACUAUUAACAAUUUAGCAUUGGAAGACAGUGGGAAAUACUCAUGUACUGCAUUCAGUGAUAAAGGUUCAGCAAGUGAUAAAGCAACAAUGACUGUAAUGGAACCACUUGCUCCAAAGAUAGAUGGAAUGGAUAACAUUGAGGUGAAGAAAGGUAUGGUUGCUAAGUUUGAGGUCAAAACUUCAGGAUAUCCAGUGCCAGAUAUAAAAUGGUUAAAAGCUGGGAUACCAGUACAGUUCUCAGAUCACAUCAUGAUAACAAGUGAUGAUGAGAAGCGACUCUACACAUUGUCAGUGCAAAGUGUCAUGGAAGAGGAUGUAGCAGUAUACACAUGUGUAGCAUCCAAUAGUGCAGGGAAGAUCAGUAAGGAUGCAAAAAUUUCACUUAAAGCUGAACCUCCAAGUUUUUUAAAAGAUAUGGUUGACAUUGAAAGUGAGGAAGGUGGAGAAGUUGGAUUUGAGGUCUGUGUAAGUGGAUAUCCUCAACCAGAAGUUGUAUG